GUUCAAGAGAAGUCCUGAUCCAAGGUUCACUCUCACAUCAGCUGCUGGCGGCUCAGUUUGUCAAUUGCAGGACAUGAGGGGGUGAUACUGGAGUACAGGCAGACUGUCGUUUUCCAUGCAAUGCUUCGAACUUAAAAGUUCCCUCUUGUGGCCUUUGAGGAUAUAGCAAAACUGUGAUUUGAGCAUCAAGGUGGAAUUUUUUCUUGCAAAUGAGCCAGCAACACUUUGAGGAUAUAUUACUACUAUGUUAAAUCUUCUUGAGACUGGUUUUAUCUGCAUUUGUGAAAUAUGGCAACAAACGAGACUACACGUUUAAUAGAGGUCCUUGAGAAAAUUUGACUUAUUUAAGGACAGAAAAAAACUUCGAAAAAAAUGGAAGCUUCAUAUGCUGCCAGUGCUGCUGUUGCUCCAACACAGCCUCCGAUGACCCCCUCUCCAGGCUACCUGCUCAGAAUGUUCCGGGAGUAUCAGAGCAAUGCAGUCAUCAUGGCCCAUUACAACUUCACCGGGAAGCUGAAAGAGAACAAGUACCGGGACGGACUGAAACCCGAAGCCAUUACAUUUCUCAUCGUUUGUCUUCUUAUUGUGGUGGAAAAUGCCAUAGUUCUGGUGGCAAUUUGGAAAAACAAAAAAUUCCACAUGCCCAUGUACUACUUGCUGGGCAACUUGACUCUUUCAGACUUGUUAGCAGGCUUCACCUACAUGGUAAACAUAGUGACUUCGGGGGCAAACACUCUCAAAAUGACUCCAGUACUGUGGUUUCUCAGGGAAGGUGGUGUGUUUAUCACACUUUCUGCAUCCAUCAUCAGCCUUCUCGCCAUAGCCAUCGAGCGCCAUGUCACAAUGGUGCGGAUGAAGCCGUAUCAAGGCGCCAAGCGUGGGCGAAUGUUCGGUUUGAUCGGCGCAAGUUGGGUUCUGUCGGUUCUCCUGGGCGUGCUCCCCAUAAUGGGUUGGAACUGCAUGGGAAACCUGGACAAGUGUUCUACUGUCCUGCCACUUUACGCCAAGAGCUUCAUCCUCUUCUGCAUUACUGUAUUCACCCUGGUCCUUCUGGCAAUCAUGGUGCUCUACGUACGUAUCUUCUGCAUAGUGAAGUCCAAUACGCAACGGUUAGGCAGUGGUCCGCAACGCAAAGGUCUAGCUAGGAAGUCCCAGAAGUAUCUGGCUCUGCUGAAGACGGUCACCAUAGUUCUAGGAGUCUUCAUUGCUUGCUGGCUGCCUCUCUUUGUGCUUCUUCUGCUUGACUUCUGCUGUCCUGCUCAAAGCUGUGAGGUGCUGUUCAAGGCAGAUUACUUCCUGGGCAUCGCCAUGAUCAAUUCCCUUCUAAACCCCAUCAUUUAUACCCUAACUAGUAAAGACAUGCGAAGAGCCAUACUAAGACUGGUCUGCAGCUAUUGUCUGCUGACAAAAGAUGGACAGGUGAAGACGUUUGGAAUGCCUUUCCUGGACUGUAGCACAAGUAAGCUCGAGGUGCCGUCACACAGGCUGGAGGGCUUGGAGACAACUGUCUCCUCUGGGAAAUUUUCACCAUCCCCUAUUAAAGCAAUCUACCCAAAGAUGAUCAAGAGCUGAACAAGAGAAUAUUAUAAUCAAGGUUCAGCUUCUCCUGAAUUAGUUUGUCCUCUGAGUAUUUAUUAAAUGGCAAAGGGGACAUGUUUGAUGGGCUUAAAAAUUCAAAUAGAAGAAAUUCUUCAAGCCACAGAGAUUGAAAGAGAGGCUCAGAGCUGAUCACAAUUCUGUGUUUUUCGACCUCAGAUUAGAAUAGAUUUACUGAACUUGCAUUAAAGCAAAACAUGAGCCUGCCAGAUGAUGUGGCAGACCAAACAAGUGGGAUUUUUCUUACUGUGAUACAAAUGUCAGUUUUAAAUGGACUGUCUAAAGGUGAGACUAGCAAGGGCUACAUUCUCUUCUCAAAAAUAGCAUUAAAAAACUUAACUAAAAGAAGUGAUUGUUCUAAAUGGUUGCUCAGACAUGUUUUAAAUAUGCUUUAAAAAGGAUUCUUAUGAUGUUUGCUGUUAUAUGAAACUCGGAUGUACACAUCCAGAAAUAAGCAGAGUAUACAGAGUAAUUUUCACCACCACAUGCUGAAUGUACAACUUAAGAGACUUUGUGGUAAAAAAGACGCACAGAAAAUGUUGGGGUGAUGCUUCUAAACACAUCACAAAAUGUCUGGACAUUUUAAGACUUAAUUUUAAGAUGCAGGGAAGUGACCAUUUUUCAAUAUCAUGGUAUGCUUUUAAGGAAAAUGGGUUUGUGUGUUUAUAAAUACAAACUAAAGUUUAAAGCUCCCAAACGGAAAAUGUUAAUUCAAAUGGUUUGAUAUACUUUAUUUACCUACAGUAAAUAUAGUUUCAACUGACAUUAUGUGGCACAAGCUAUAUGAAUAUUGUAUAUUUUAUAAAUAUUGUAAAAAAGUUUUGUGAUUGUAUGAAAUUACUUUAUAUGUUUGUUGCAGUUUGCAGUGAAAAAGCAGCACUGAUCUUCAAGCAAUAUUUUAUUUCUGUAAAAACUGUUUGUACUGAAACUAAAUGCAUUAUUAUUUGUUUAAAUGCAUUUUGUUUGUCCUAAAUUAUAAGCCUUAAAAGCUUUUAAAUAUGCAUUAAUUAAAAAGGUUUUUCUUGAAUGUUUUGCCAUUUUUGAGAAUUCUUUUUUUUUUAAGUCUAUCCCAAAGCCUAUAUCUGUACCAAAAGUGGUGUUGACUUGUUUGAGCGAGAUAAAAAUGGCUUCUAUAAAUUACAUUUUAGCUUUGGCCCAUGUUUCCCAUCAAACAUGGAAAAAAAAUAGAGGGUAAAAUAUAC